AUGAACUGGAAGAGAGAACACUUCAAAAAAUGCAGAGACAGAAAACUAUCAAAUCUCUGAAAUGCCCCUCGGGCUGCACCAUUGCUAUGCUGUGCUCGCUUUGUUUUGUUAGCAUCCUAACAAUCUUAAUCUCAAGUCCUAACAUUGCCUUCCCUUGUUUGUUCUUCGGCACAGCCACGACAACGGCCUCCGUCAGUCUCUCUCUUGUUGACUCAAUUUUCAGACGUUCUCUCCACAGCCAAAUAUCCGGUUUACAGAGCCAAGUUGGCAUUCUGCUUGAGCAGCUGCAUACAGAAAGUUCAGAAUCAAAGGUGCUAGCAAAAUUCUCCAGCCAAGUCCUUCAGAUUGCCAUAUCCUUAAACAAGCUUGCAGACGGCUUAUCCGGUCUCCAUGGUAGCAGUGCUUCUCCCUCUAGCAAUGAAUUAAGCAGCAUCCAUGAAGACUUAACUGAAACAGAAGAAACUGACGACGAAGAAGGAUCAACCCAGGGGAUGGUUUUCAGGUUAGGUGAGCUGAGGAAUUAUACUUCAUCGAAACCAAGUAGGCUAAGUGGGAAGAAGAGUUUCCUAGGAGUGGAGUCUAUCAACCCAUCAAUUGGUUUAGCUUGUGCUGGAAUGGCCACAAAUGUAGAUCGUUUCAUGAGCUACAAGAUCUAUGGCAUUUGCCCUGAUGAUUGGGACAUUGCUCAGAAGCUAAUCCUCAAUGGCUGCGAUCCACUGCCCAGAAGAAGAUGCUUUUCAAGAACACCACCUCUCAAUCGCAGAAGUAUGGAGAGUACGCCCACUCGGAUAAGGGUGGCGGUAACGAGUCAGCGAUCAAAGGUUUUUACCCGCACGCAUCGAUUAGCAGCAGGGGAGUGUCCGACUGGACUCUUCGGAAAAUCGUGCGAUCAAACACCAUCGGUUUCAACUUUCAAACUUCUGUUCCUUUAAUUGAUCGCUUUCUUUUUGUAUGAAAUGUAGGACUUUUGUACUGUAGAAGACACUUGGCGGUAAGACAAACUGAGAAAAAGGGGAGUUUGUAGUGGAUGAUAAUUGGGAGGGAUUUCAUUUGAAAAAAGUUAAAUUGUAAGAAAAAACUGUUGAAUAAAAUUGAAGGUAACGA